AUGGAGAGUCUUAUAAAGUGAGAAAGCUUAUUUCAGGAGAAAACAAUAAUCACUUGAAGGUGUGCUUUGGAGAAAUCAGCCCAGAAAAGAACUAAAAUUGGGUCAAGUGUUGAGACUUGCUCAGCAUUGCUGUUAGGGACUCGCCCAGAGCAGUGGGCAUUGGGGGGAGUUGGCUGGAUAUAAUCAAGGCAGCUUUUUUCCCAUUGGAGGAUCGUAGUGUCUCAUUUCUGUCCUUUCGGCUAGACUUGCAGAAGGGGUAUUCCAGAUUGUGGUCUCUGUGAGAACAGGCACAGUUCUCUUCCCUGGAGGGUCUUGGGUACAGGGCCGCACUGGUCCUCAGGACAGUUGCCACCAAGCCUGCGUUUAUACAGACUCUGGGGUUGUAAGAAUGUCAGGGAAACUGGGAUGUGUUACUGAGUGUGAAGCGAGCUGUGGGGUACCAGCCAUGCCUUCAUUUAUCCAGGGGCUCGCAAUCAUUAUCACGAUGGAAAACCUGGCCCCCCAAAAGAAGAAAACACCGUCUUGCCUUGAGCCCCUUUCUCCCAGCUGGGGUCCACUGCUGCCUGUGCAAGCAAAACUGCAUUUUCCUCCCCUCCUGCUACUCCGGCCGCCGACUGGAAGAGGGAGCUGCCCAGCGGCUGGGCUGCUCGCCUCACGCUGUAACCCUCUGCUGGCAAGUUCCCAGGACCAGCAUCCCGGCAGGCUGGCGGCUCCACCGGGGAGAUGGAGCCGCUCCCAGCCCUCCUUGAUUAGGAUAAGUCAGGGUUGUCAGGGCAACUGUUAACGGCAGCAUCUCCUGUUUUCCCCUCUGUGCUGUGUGUGCUGAAUAUUUUACUGUGCCGUAGCAGGAAAAGAAGAUUGGGAAAAGGUGCUGCAGCAGGAGGGAGAAGCUGGGAUCUGAUUGAGCAGGUCAGGCAGUGGGGGGAAGCAUCCGACCUGCGUGCCUUUCUGGAAGGAGAGAGAGACAGAGAGACAGAGAGACAGAGUGUGUGUGUGUGUGUGUGUGUGUGUGUGAGCGUGAGCGAGCUUGAGCCAGCACAUGUGCCUGUGAGGGGUAAGUGGGAGGGGGCUUGCAGAGGAGGCGGGGUGCUGCUAGGUGAGGGGGAACUGUGGGGCCUCAGUUGCCAAGAGGCUGGUAGUAUCUGUCAGCUGUUUGCACACUGUUUACCCAUAGGGGAUCUAUUACAAGUGCUCAAAUGAACCGGCAGCUUAGAAACUAGCAGCUUCCUGGGAGCUGCAAUUAUAUAAGCAUAUAGUUUUGAUAGACUAAUAAUUAAAAAACAAGUAGCAGCGGUAUGCCUGGAUCAGCUACAGCUUUCCGACAAGAGAGACUGAAGAAGACCAAUGCAAGGCCAGUCCCCCUUGGUUUAUUCACCAUUAAUGAGGAAGAUGAACAGCAAAAGAAUGGACAUUCCAGAAGACCAAAAGCGCCUGAUGGCAACAAAGUGCAAGAUAAGAAAACCGCGGCCUCCAAUCGGCCUGCUUCUGCUAUUUCAGGACAAAAUAGCAACCACACAGGAAAUAAACCAGACCCUCCACCAGUGCUGCGCGUUGAUGACCGGCAGCGGCUGGCGAGGGAGCGGCGUGAGGAGCGGGAGAAGCAGCUAGCUGCAAGAGAAAUAAUCUGGUUAGAGAGAGAAGAGCGAGCCAGGCAGCACUAUGAAAAGCACCUGGAGGAGCGGAAGAAGAAGUUAGAAGAGCAGAGGCUGAAAGAGGAACGUAGGAGGGCUGCUGUGGAGGAGAAGCGAAGGCAGAGGCUCGAGGAGGACAAGGAACGCCAUGAAGCCGUUGUACGACGUACAAUGGAAAGGAGCCAGAAGCCAAAACAGAAGCAUAACCGGUGGUCAUGGGGAGGUGCUCUCCACGGGAGCCCCAGUAUCCACAGCGCAGAUCCAGACAGGAGGUCAGUUUCCACCAUGAAUCUUUCGAAACAUGUUGAUCCCGUCAUUAGCAAGCGGCUCUCCUCUUCAUCUGCAACUUUACUAAAUUCUCCAGAUAGAGCUCGCCGCCUGCAGCUCAGCCCAUGGGAGAGCAGCGUGGUUAACAGAUUGCUGACGCCCACACAUUCGUUCCUGGCCAGAAGUAAAAGCACAGCUGCCUUGUCUGGAGAUACAGUUACCCCCAUGUGUCCUCGUUCAGCAUCUUGCAGCCCCAUCAACAUCAUGCCCUACAAAGCUGCACACUCUAGAAAUCCGAUGGAGCGACCAAAAUUCUUUGUAACACCACCGGAGGGCUCCGCGCGAAGGAGGACUGUUCACGGCACAGCGGGCUAUAAAAGAGAAAGGGAGAGAGAAAACUUACCCUUCCACCUCACACCCGGCAUCCGAAGGGCUCUAUCUCCAUCUCAUCCCAAAGCCAGAUCACCAGCUUCCUCCCGACUUUGGCUCCCAUCCAAGUCCUUUCCCCACUUGCCUGGCACCCCCAGACCAGCAUCCUCCAUGCCUCCUGGACCAGUCAAACCUGCCCCUGCUCAGGUCCGGCCCCCCUCGCCCGGCAACAUCCGCCCCAUCAAGAGAGAAGUCAGAGUGGAACCUGAGAGAAAAGACCCUGAGAAGGAACCUCAGAAAGUUGCCAAUGAGCCCUCACUAAAGGGCAGGGCACUUUUGGUGAAGGUAGAAGAAGCCACAGUUGAAGAGGGGACACCUGUCGAACCAGAGCUUGCUCCUGCUGCUCCGGAGGCAGCCUCAGCACCAGCCUCCGUUCCAGCCUCCACUCCGGCCCCUUCAUCCACUGUGACUGCCAUUACUUCUCUGAAGACCUCUGCGGGCACCACUGACCCGGAAGAGGCCACGAGGCUGCUAGCUGAGAAGAGGCGGCUGGCCCGAGAGCAGAGAGAGAAGGAGGAAAGGGAGAAGAGGGAGACGAAAGAGCUCGAAAGACAAAAGCGAGAAGAAUUGGCCCAAAGGGUGGCUGAAGAGAGAACCCGCCGAGAGGAGGAGGCCCGCCAGCUGGAAGCUCAGCAAGCCAGGGAGAGGGAAGAGCAGCUGCGGCGGCAGGAGGAGGAGCGGGCCCGGCGCGAGCGGGAGGAGAUGGAGCGCAUCCAGAAACAGAAAGAAGAAGAAGCUCGUGUUCGGGAAGAAGCAGAGAGGGUCCGGCAGGAACGGGAGAAGCAUUUCCAGAGAGAAGAGCAGGAGCGCCUGGAGAGGAAGAAGCGGCUUGAGGAGAUAAUGAAAAGAACCAGAAAAACAGAAGCUUCAGAUAAGAAAACCGUUGAUCAGAGAAAUGGAGAUAUAACCAAGGGAGCGCUCAUUAGAGAAACAGCAGUAUCUGCACUUCCAAAUAUGACAAACUCUCCAGGACAAGGAGAACCAGCAGCCAGCCCCCAUGUGGUUACCUCACACCAAUCAGAAGUGACUGUGGAGAGUACUCCCAAUUUGGAAAAACAACCAAAUGAAAAUGGAAUAUCAGUUCAGAAUGAAGAUUUUGAAGAAAUUAUAAAUUUACCCAUUGGAUCUAAACCAUCCAGAUUAGAUGUCACCAACAGCGAGAGUCCAGACAUUCCUUUGAAUCCUAUUUUGGCCUUUGGUGAUGAAGGGACACUUGGGACCCUGCCUCAGGUAGAUGGUGUUCAAACACAGCAAACAGCAGGUAAGCUUGCCUCGAACUCCCUUCAGUAAUCAUCAGAAAUAAAUAUGUGACACCCAAGAGGGAUUGAACCUUCUGCUGUGUGACUGUGACACACUUUGUCCUUAAGGGACCAAAUAAGCCACGUGGAAGAGAUUGUGCAUGGGUCAUUAGAAGUUGAAUUUUGAGUUGGCGUUGGGCAACUUCUAGGGCCGCUCUUGUUCUCCCACUCAGUGUAGAAAUUCGGUCCGCAGCACCCACUGGGUAUCCGUGGGCCUCUCCUCACGGAGCGGCACUCAUUGCCCAGUGGCAGUGCUUCAUAUUGCGUGCCCAGAUCACGCUUCAUAUUAAGACAGACGACCAUAACUGAGUGGCCAUUGAACGUAGUUCUGUCCACUAGAGAAAAGGUUUGUUUGGUUUCUAUUCCAUCUUUCUCAGCUCUUCAGACAUUUUAAGACUGCCAACAUGUUCUCCCACCAUUUUUCUCUCAUUUGGGUUUAGCAACCUGGGAUGAUAUACUAUUGUCCUUUGUAAAUGUAAUAAGAUAGUUACAAUUUAAGGUAAUGCGACUAAUAUUCCAGACUAGGAGCAUACUGAGCCCAAGGGCCUUCCAUCCCUUGUGGAGUGACCGUAGCUGUUGAAACUGCAAGUGACUCUCUUAUACCCUGUCUCUGGAACUCACACGUAACCCGAAGUCAUUGUGCAAAAAGAACAAUAGCUUUACAGGACCCAGAGAAAUAACAACAUAAAAAAAUUACCAGUGCAGUGCUCACAGUAACUCAACAGCACAGUCCCAUCAGUGUCAAGAACAAGUGGGAUAAUCCAGCUCCGUGUCUUUUCAAACCUCUUUGAUUUCUAUCUGCUUCUCUCCCAGCACCUCACUUUCAUGUAUUGACCAGCAUCUUUUUAUACUGUUAUGAAGAGAGCCAAGCAAAUUCAGGAUGUUUAUAGAUGAGUCGGUAAAGCAUUAUUUGUGGUCAAAUUAUUUUGUCAUUUAGAUUCCAUCUGUGCACUUUUAACGUAUUUCCCACUUUAAAACUGGUUGAAAAAGCCAACUUUGAACCUCCUAUCCAAAUGAAGCUAGUCUUUUUUCCUUCUCUAAUAUACCGACCUGGGGAGUGUAACUUCCCUUUAGUGAUCUACUUUUCUAGAUUGUAAAAGGAAGAAGGUCCAGCUGUCAGUGGAAGCUAUAAAGCCUGACAUUCUGACUCUUAAGCCUUUGAGAACAAUCUGAUUACCUGUGUGUCGGUGGAAACAUUCCUGGUACAGCUUCCUGCUUUGUCAUGUCACAGAUUCAGAGAGAUGGAAGGAACAUUCAGAUGACUUCCUGCUUCAUUUGCCAGGCUUUAAAUCACCUUUUGAUGUACCUGUCAUUUCAUUCUCACUCUUCCAUACCUUCUCUAGGAACAUAGUCCAGUGUCUGUGAUAUUAAGUGGUGUUAGGUUUCUUUUGUGGCCAUGACUACUUAUCAACCAACAUUUAUGUAACCUCCAACGUAUGGUUGGAACCCGAAGUAUCGGGGACUGAGGAUUCAAGACAAAUGAAUGUAAAGUCCCUGUUCUCAAAGAAAAGUACAGUUGACUUAACGCAGUUUGGAAAAGGAAAUGAUAUAUAGCCUAAGUUAAAGAAAAGGACAUGUUUUCCUAUUAGUGGUAGAAUUCACUUACAUAUAAGACCACGGAUCCUGAUAAAAUUGCCUAUUCUUAUAUAAGACAAUGUAUAUAAAAGCAUGGUAAAGUUUUAGGAGUGUAAGAUAUUACUGUAGUAUUCUUUAAGAUUUUAGAUAAAUGUCAUAUUAAUCUGUUCUUUUUUCUGUC